AUGCCUCCUAUUGACACUAACACCCAAACUUAUACCUUGAACGACGGUAACAAAAUCCCAGCUGUUGCCUUGGGAACUUGGAGAUCCGAGAACGGCGACGCUGCUUCUGCCGUCAAGACUGCCUUGCAGAACGGCUACAAGCACAUCGACACUGCUUCUAUCUACGGUAACGAAGAAGGUGUGGGCCAGGGCAUCAAGGAGUCUGGUGUGAAGAGAGAGAACUUCUUCCUCACCACCAAGUUGUGGAACCCAGACCAUAAGAACCCAGAGGCUGCUUUGGACGAGUCCUUGAGGAAAUUGGGCACUGACUACGUUGACUUGUACUUGAUCCACUGGCCAGUGAACAUUGAGGACGAGAGAGCUGCUAAGCCUGAGGAGUUUGACCUUAACGAAACCUACAAGGCCUUGCAGCCAUUGGUCAAGGCCGGUAAGGUCAAGUCCAUUGGUAUUUCCAACGUCACCAAGGAGAGAGUCCAGAAGUUGUUGGCAGACAAGGAUGUCACCAUUAAGCCAGUGGUGAACCAGAUUGAAGCCCACCCAUUGUUGACCCAGCCUGAGUUGUUUGACUACUUGCAAUCCGAGAACAUCUUCGUCGAGGCCUACUCGCCAUUGGGCUCUGAAGGUUCUCCUUUGCUUAACAACCCAGUGGUUAAAGAGAUUGCUAAGAAGAACAACGCUGACGUGGGCCAGGUGCUUGUGUCUUGGGCUGUUCAGAGAAAGACCAUUGUGUUGCCAAAGUCUGUUCACGACGAGAGAAUCAUCUCCAACCACAAGACCUUCACUUUGAAGAAGGAGGACUUUGAAGCUUUGAACAACUUGAGCGGUAAGUACGGCGUUCAGAGAACCAACAUUCCUCCAUGGAAUGUGUUUUAA